CUUCGCCGCCGACCUCUGCCUACCCGUUCGCCAUGCUCAGUGCCAGCCGUACUGCCGUUGCCCGCCUCGCCGGAGCCGCAUCCCGGGGCCCGGCUACCGGCCUCCGCCAGGAUGGCUGGAAUGGUCUCAGUCAUGAGGCUUUUCGAAUCAUUUCAAGACGAGACUAUGCAUCAGAGGCAAUCAAGGGGGCUGUUAUUGGUAUUGACUUGGGCACAACUAACUCCUGUGUGGCAGUAAUGGAAGGGAAACAAGCAAAGGUGUUGGAGAAUGCCGAAGGUGCCAGAACCACUCCCUCAGUUGUAGCCUUCACAGCAGACAAUGAACGCCUUGUUGGCAUGCCUGCCAAACGACAGGCAGUCACCAACCCAAACAACACAUUUUAUGCCACCAAACGCCUCAUUGGCCGUCGAUUUGAGGAUCCUGAAGUGCAGAAAGACAUUAAAAACGUUCCUUUCAAAAUUGUCCAUUCCUCCAAUGGUGAUGCCUGGUUAGAAGCCCAUGGGAAGCUCUAUUCCCCAAGUCAGAUAGGUGCAUUUGUGUUGAUGAAGAUGAAGGAGACUGCAGAAAACUAUCUAGGACAUUCAGCAAAAAAUGCUGUUAUCACUGUGCCUGCUUAUUUCAAUGAUUCUCAGCGACAGGCCACCAAAGAUGCUGGGCAAAUAUCUGGCCUUAAUGUGCUUCGAGUGAUUAACGAACCUACAGCUGCUGCCUUGGCUUAUGGCUUAGACAAAUCUGAAGACAAAAUCAUUGCUGUGUACGACUUAGGUGGUGGAACUUUUGAUAUUUCUAUCCUGGAAAUUCAGAAAGGUGUAUUUGAGGUGAAAUCUACCAAUGGGGAUACUUUCCUAGGCAGUGAAGACUUUGACCAGGCCUUGCUCCAGCACAUUGUGAAGGAAUUCAAGAGAGAGACAGGACUUGACCUGACCAAAGACAAUAUGGCUCUUCAGUGAGUACGGGAGGCCUCUGAGAAGGCCAAGUGUGAGCUUUCUUCUUCUGUGCAGACUGACAUCAACUUACCAUAUUUGACUAUGGAUGCUUCUGGGCCCAAGCACUUGAACAUGAAGCUAACUCGAGCUCAGUUUGAGGGUAUUGUCACUGAUCUCAUCAGGAGGACUAUUGCUCCAUGCCAGAAGGCCAUGCAAGAUGCUGAAGUCAGCAAGAGUGACAUUGGAGAAGUCAUCCUAGUUGGUGGCAUGAGCAGAAUGCCCAAGGUUCAGCAGACAGUACAAGAACUUUUUGGCCGGGCCCCUAGUAAAGCUGUCAAUCCUGAUGAGGCUGUGGCUAUUGGAGCUGCCAUUCAGGGAGGUGUGUUAGCUGGUGAUGUCACAGAUGUGCUACUGAUGGAUGUCACUCCCCUUUCUCUGGGCAUUGAGACAUUGGGAGGCAUCUUCACCAAACUAAUCAAUACGAACACAACUAUUCCAACUAAGAAGAGCCAGGUGUUUUCUACAGCUGCUGAUGGUCAGACACAAGUGGAAAUUAAAGUGUGCCAGGGAGAGAGAGAAAUGGCUGCAGACAACAAGCUUCUUGGACAGUUUACUUUGAUUGGAAUUCCACCAGCCCCACAUGGAGUUCCACAGAUUGAAGUCACAUUUGAUAUUGAUGCUAAUGGGAUUGUACAUGUUUCUGGAAAGGAUAAAGGCACAGGACGUGAACAACAAAUUGUGAUCCAGUCUUCUGGUGGGUUAAGCAAAGAUGACAUUGAGAAUAUGGUUAAGAAUGCAGAGAAGUAUGCUGAGGAAGACAGGAGAAAGAAAGAACGUGUAGAAGCUGUCAAUAUGGCAGAAGGAAUUAUUCACGAUACUGAAACAAAGAUGGAAGAAUUCAAAGACCAACUUCCAGCAGAUGAGUGCAAUAAACUAAAAGAAGAAAUCUCUAGAAUGAGAGACCUCUUGGCUCACAAAGAUAGUGAAACAGGGGAAAACAUCAGGCAGGCAGCAUCUACUCUCCAGCAAGCAUCAUUAAAGCUCUUUGAAAUGGCAUAUAAAAAGAUGGCAUCUGAGAGAGGAUCUGGAAGUUCUACUUCUGGGGAACAGAAGGAAGAUUAGAAGGAGGGGAAGCAGUAA